CUUGUGCCCCCGGCCCGCGGGGCUGAGGGUGAGGGUGGGGAGCGCUUCCGGGAAAAUGCGCCCCGCUGCACCGAGCCAUGCCUGGCGCGCCUCGCCAGUCCCCCUGGCGGUCCCGCCCAGCCAGCCCCUCUGCAGACUUGGCGGUACGGAGUGCUGGGGUCUCCCUGUCCCCACCCUGCUACCAACGUCCAGCUUUCCAUUCCUUCAGACCGCUCCACCCUUCGCACCUCCUAUGUCUCGGAAUUUCCAGCUCCUAAGUUCUGCCUAAGUACUCCUCUCCCCAGGAGCCCUAGGGGGGCCUCCAUGGCUUCACCGGCCUCAGCCAACCCAGCACAUGCCCACUUUGAGAGUUUUGUGCAGGCCCAGCUGUGUCAGGAAGUACUGAGCAGCUUUCAAGGGCUCUGUGGGGCCCUGGGGCUUGAGCCUGGUGGGGGGCUGUCCCAGUACUACAAGAUCAAGGACCAGCUCAACUACUGGAGUGCCAAGUCACUGUGGGCCAAGUUGGACAAGAGAGCAGGCCAGCCUGUGUACCAGCAAGGCCAGGCCUGUACCAACACCAAGUGUCUGGUGGUAGGUGCUGGACCUUGUGGGCUUCGGGCUGCUGUGGAACUGGCACUGCUAGGGGCCCGUGUGGUGUUGGUGGAAAAGCGUACCAAGUUCUCUCGGCACAAUGUACUCCAUCUCUGGCCCUUCACCAUUCAUGACCUACGGGCACUGGGGGCAAAGAAGUUCUAUGGGCGCUUCUGUACUGGCACCCUGGACCAUAUCAGCAUUCGACAGCUUCAGCUGCUUCUACUGAAGGUGGCAUUACUGUUGGGGGUGGAAAUUCACUGGGGUGUCACUUUCACUGGCCUCCAGCCCCCUCCCAGAAAGGGGAGUGGAUGGCGUGCCCAGCUCCAACCCAAUCCCCCAGCUCAUCUGGCCAACUAUGACUUUGAUGUCCUCAUCUCAGCUGCAGGGGGUAAAUUUGUCCCGGAAGGCUUCACCAUCCGUGAGAUGCGUGGCAAACUGGCCAUUGGCAUCACAGCCAACUUUGUGAAUGGCCGCACAGUGGAGGAGACACAGGUGCCAGAAAUCAGCGGUGUAGCCCGGAUCUACAACCAGAAAUUCUUUCAGAACCUGCUCAAAGCUACAGGCAUUGAUCUAGAGAACAUUGUGUACUACAAGGAUGAUACCCACUACUUUGUGAUGACAGCCAAGAAGCAGUGCCUGUUGCGGCUGGGGGUGCUGCGCCAGGACUGGCCAGAGACCGACCGACUGCUGGGCAGUGACAAUGUGGUUCCUGAGGCUCUGCAGCACUUUGCCAGGGCAGCUGCUAACUUCGCCACAUGUGGCAAGCUCAGGAAACUAGAGUUUGCUCAGGAUGCUCAUGGGCGACCUGAUGUGGCUGCCUUUGACUUCACAAGCAUGAUGCGGGCAGAGAGUUCUGCUCGUGUGCAAGAAAAGCAUGGUGUCCGCUUACUAUUGGGACUGGUGGGAGACUGCCUAGUGGAGCCCUUCUGGCCCCUGGGUACUGGAGUGGCCCGGGGCUUCUUGGCAGCCUUCGAUGCAGCCUGGAUGGUGAAGCGGUGGGCAGAGGGCAUUGGGCCCCUUGAGGUGUUGGCUGAACGUGAGAGCCUGUACCAGCUUCUGUCACAAACAUCCCCGGAAAACAUGCAUCGAAAUGUAGCUCAGUAUGGGCUGGACCCUGCCACUCGCUACCCCAACCUGAACCUCCGAGCUGUGACCCCCAAUCAGGUACAAGACCUGUAUGAUGUAGUGGCCAAGGAGCCCAUGCAGAGGAAGAGUGACAAGACAGAUUCAGGGACUACAACCACAGGGUCAGCAGGUACUGAGGAGCUCCUACACUGGUGCCAGGAGCAAACAGCUGGGUUUCCUGGAGUUCAUGUCACUGACUUGUCUUCCUCAUGGACUGAUGGACUAGCUCUGUGUGCCUUGGUACACCACCUACGGCCAGGCCUGUUGGAACCUUCAGAGCUGCAAGGCAUGGGAGCUCUAGAGACCACUGCUUGGGCCCUGCGGGUAGCAGAGCAUGAACUGGGCAUCACACCAGUGUUGUCUGCUCAGGCAGUGGUGUCAGGCAGUGACCCACUGGGCCUCAUUGCCUACCUCAGCUAUUUCCACAGCACUUUCAAGAGCAUGCCCCACAGCGCAGGUUCCAUCAGACAGACCCCUCCUGGGACCUCCAGUGCCGUACUUUUCCUUGGCAAACUCCAGAGAACCCUUCAACAGACCCGGGCCAAGGACUUGUUGCAGGAACACAGGGAGGAUGUUGGUGACAAGAAGCUUCCCUUGCAGGUAGACGCUGAGUCUCCAAGGACUGAGAUGCUACCUGUCCCCGAGCCCAGUGUACCCCGGACACCCCCAUCUGAACAUCAGGAGGCCGGGGCUGAGGAUCUGUGUGAACUGUGUGGGAAACACCUCUACAUCCUGGAGCGCUUCUGUGUGGAUGGCCAUUUCUUCCACCGGAGCUGCUUCUGCUGCCAUACUUGUGAGGCCACAUUGUGGCCAGGGGACUAUGGGCAACACCCAGGAGAUGGACAUUUCUAUUGCCGUCAGCACCUACCCCAGGAGAGCCAUAAAGCUGACAGCGAUGGAAGCCCUGAGAGCCCGGAGCUCCCUACACCAGAUGACAAUAACAUGCCACCAGGCCCCUCAACUCCUAUACCAGCAAAGAGGGUCAGUCCUGUCCCAAGUCCCAUCCAGCCCACCCGUAAGCUGAUCCGCCUCUCCAGCCUGGAACGCCUGAGGCUAUCCUCCUUGAAUAUCACACCUGACUCAGAAAUAGAGCCUCCGCCCAAGCCCCCUCGUAGCUGCUCUGCCUUGGCUCGAGAGGCCCUGGAAGGCAGCUUUGUGGGCUGGGGUGUGCCAUUCCAGGCACUGCAAGUUCCUGAGGCCAAGGAGAAGGCAGAAGAGAGUCUCUCCUCCAGUGAGGAAGAGGAGGCAGAGAUACUUUUGAAAGCAGAUUUAGAGCAGACCCUGAUCUUGACUAAGAACUCAGACACCAUGAUUAGGUACUCAACCUGUGACCAAGAUAUGAUGUGCCGUGCUAAAGAGGAGGAGAUGAAGAGGUUUUGCAAGGCCCAGGCCAUCCAGCGGAGACUCAAUGAGAUUGAAGCUGCUAUGAGGGAGCUGGAAGCCGAAGGCAUGAAACUCGAGCUGGCCUUGAGGAGCCAAAGCAGCUCCCCAGAACAGCAAAAGAAACUCUGGUUAGAACAGCUGCUACAGCUUGUCCAGAAGAAAAAUAGCCUUGUGGCCGAAGAGGCUGAGCUGAUGAUUUCGGUGCAGGAGCUGGACCUCGAAGAGAAGCAGUGGCAGCUGGCUCAGGAGUUUCAAGAAAUCCUGAAGACAGCUGCCGAUCGUCAGUCUGAGGAUCAGGUGCUAAGAAAACUGCUAGAUGUGGUGAACCAGCGGGAUGCCCUCAUCCGCUUCCAAGAAGAGCGCAGGCUCAGUGAGCUGGCUUCAGGGAUGGGGGCCCACAGCUAGAAAAUGGGUAGCUGUAUGCCUGCCUGCUCUGCAAAUAAGACAUCAUCCCAGGGCAGUGCCACCCUGCCCAUCUGGACUGCCUACGAGAGGGCAUCACUGUAAUAAAAAUAUUUCUGCCACAAA